AUGCAGGUGCAGAGAUGUCAGGGAGUACUACGUGCCCCUCCGCCCGGAAGGGCCGAGUCGUUGACGUUUCAAGAAGUCGACUUCUCCGAGUGCAACCUGACGAAUGACACCCUGAAAGUGGUGCUGGACAUUUGCAAACGGUGUCCAAAACUUCGGAUUUUGAAGUUAUUCAAAAAUAAGCUCGAUGAUGGCGCCACCAAGAGACUGGCAGAAAUGCUGCUGAAAACACCAGAGCUGGAGGAACUGCAUUUGUCGCACAAUCUCUUCACAGCAGAUGGUGUGAAAUGCCUCGUAGCGGCUGGAGAAACUUUCGCCUCUGACGACAAGUCACAACCACUCUGGUUGAGACUAGAACAAAACAGCGUGGAGAAUCCGGAGAUGGUCAUCGAUGAGCUGGAAGAGGAGUUUAGCGUCUGCAGACGUUCUGAUAGUGUGAGAUGUACAGUCCGCACUUGUGUGAACAAGAAGAAGGUGCACCUUCCUUUCUUCCACCUGCAACGGCAGCCACUUCGUUUCAAAUCGAGAGCUGAACUGGCAGCUGAGGCAAAAGCCAAGCAAGGUCCGCCGGUUCCAACUCGUUCAAUCUCACGACCCGAAGCAGGAGCACCAAAGGCAGCGAAGCCUUGCGCCUGGGGGCAAGGUAGAGACAAUGGCAGUCCCGUGUCACAGAUGUCGUCUGGGUAUCCCACAGCGGGUGCUAAAAACCCAGAGGCCAAGACUCUGCCCGAGAAACCUGAGGCACCCAUGAAGCCAGUUUGGAAGGCGGGAAGCCGACCGUCCGUGGUUUUGGACAGCUUUGGGCAACGGCGUACGAUGCCGGAUCAGUUGAAUGGGGUCGAUCCAACCCCCUUUGUUUGCUCCUUGUGCCACUUUGUGAUGAUCAAGCCUUUGAUCACACGAUGCUCGCACAUUUUUUGCUCGUGCUGCUUUAGGCAAUGGGUGCAACAGGAGGUCGAACUGCACAAGAGUCAGAAUAAGACGAACGGCGCACCUCCUGUAGCGGUGCCACAAAUCAGAUGUCCUCAAAGGGGCUGCGACCAGUUCCUGAAGAAGACGGAUGUCGAGCCCGCUGAUGAUGGAAAGACCAGCGGCGUCCAGUUGUUCCAACGGCUCCGCAAUAAUCUUAUUAUUCGCUGUGUGCAUCAUCUGGAUCAUCACAAGUUCGAAUUUGGCCAAGAUGCCAGCCGCCUCUUAGAGAAAGGCCACAUCCAGGUUUCAACAGCCGUCGUUUGCGCAAGGUCCGAUUUAAAGAUGCCCAGGGGCAUUGCACUGGAUCUGACGGAAGGGCGGAUGUAUUGGGCUGAAGAUGGCACCAAGAUGAUCCGCAGCGCCACCCUGGAUGGAGAUGAUCUCAGAGAUGUCAUUGAAAAAAAAGAGGUUCAAGAAGCACCAAGAGAUGUGGCGAUAGAUCCAAUCAAUCAGAAGAUCUACUGGACAGCUCUGUGCUGUGGUAUACGCAGAGCUGAUCUCAAUGGUACGAAUGAGGAGGUUGUGGCAAAAGCAGAGUUUGCCAGUGGAGUAGCAGUUCUCAACGAACAGGUUUACUGGGCAGACUGGAUGCGAGGACAGAUCCUCCGCCACAACGUGAAAACUGGAAGAGAGGACGCGAUUGUCACAGGCUUGGCAUCGCCUGUAGACGUUGCUCUCGGUAGCCACCAGAUCUAUUGGUCCGAUGUCGGCGUGGGUCGAACACAGCGGGCCUCCUUAGAUGGUGGUGAUGUUCAGUUCUUGAACAUGAGCUGGUUGGUCAUGAACACCUAUGGCAUGGCAGUAGAUUCUGACCUGGGAAAGUUGUACAUGGCAGAUUUUGAGAAGACGGGCAAGUUCACAGGGAAAAGCACUGACUACACUGGCCGCAUCCGGCGGGCCAACUUAGAUGGAAGCGAUGCCGAGGUCUUAGUGAGCGAGCCUGGAAUGAGCAUGCCGUAUGGUGUCGCAGUGGAUGCCGAAAGGAAUCAGGUCUACUGGACCGAUCGCAAGGCAGGACGCAUUCAGCGCCUCACUUUGGUGUGCCAAAGGGGUGUUCAGGACGUGCGAAGUAGAACCAAUAGCACAGUGGUGCAAGUGCCACAUGGAAAAGUCCUGCACGGAAGCUCCACCACAGUGUCGUGUCCAGCUGGCUACAAUGGCACCGUAACUUUUGCUUGCAACGACGACGUCCUCUCACUGAACCGCGGGAAAUGUGGAGCGCGCUGUGAUGCGGGCGCAUAUGAGUUGAUGAAUGACCUUUCUUUGGAUUAUCCGGAUAUGGACGACCGAGAAGAAUUGACCAUGCAAUGCCCCAACCCACUGGCAGGAACGGUGCAGUUCAGGUGUCAGGAUGGUGUUGUACUACGUCAUGUCAACAACUGUCGCAAAGCGCACACCUGUCCUGCGGGUCACUUCUUGCUUGGCCAUGCACGGGUCGAUCACACUGCCAUGGACCAUGGAGUUUGGAUACAAAAAGAGUGUCCGAGUGGCUUUGAAGGUUCAUACUUUUUGCAGUGCGAGGAUGGCUCCAUGAUUGCGAAGCACAACAGCUCGUGUCGUGCCACCUGCACGUCUGCAGGGAGUCUUUGGGUAGAUGAGGGUAGAGUGGAGGUGUCCCAUGGGAAGAUCAUCGAAGGUGGCAAGGUGAAGGUUCUCUGUCCAAGCGGGUCCGCGGGUGAAGGCGUCGACUUAUCCUGCGAAGGUGGGUAUAUCGACGUCACAAAUGGGACGUGCAAUCGGUCCUUCUUUUGCCUACCUGGAUACGUCUCUUCGAACAAUGCCAGUGUGUACCACGACAAGCUCGAUAAUUCUGAAAAUAUCGUUUUGGCGUGUCCGGAGGGUUACUCGGGUUCUCUGGAUGUGGCCUGCAACAAGGGGGAGGUUUCCAUCCUGGAGACAGCCAGCACUCAGUGCCACAAGAUCUGCCCUGCUGGAGUGGUGACUCUGGAUGGAAUCGAAAUUGCGCACGGAGACUUGGAGCAUACUCAAAAAGUAGAGCUGGAGUGCCCUGAGCACUAUACAGGUCGUUUGCCUUUCGUUUGCGUCGAGGGCAAUGUGACCUGUGUGGAUUGCUCUUGCAUACCAACCGAACAGGUUACAGGGAAUGCCGGGGCGCUGUCGACCGAUCUUCCAAUCGCUGCACUGGCUGCUGGUGUUACCGCAGCAGUUCUUAUAAUUCUAUUUGGCUUCGGUCUUUUGAGACAUCGUAUGUUAAAGCGGAGGGCUAUGGCAGCAGCUGUGGCUGUAGCCGUGGGUGACAUCCCGGCUCCUCCCUCCUCAUCAUGCCUGGAUAUCCUGCCAAAGACAGGAUCCAGGUCGGGUCAUUCCGCCAGCUCUUUGCCGACGGGAUCGACAGGGAAAGCCUCAGCGACCACAUAUCCAGCCCGUGGGGAUACGGAUUUCUUGGAGCUGGUCAUAGACGCCGCUUUGCCCUUGCCCCUCUACUGGGCCACCAGAGAUGGGGUCCACAUCUUUCCAGACCCCAAUCGAAUCGCAGAGAUUCAACGACUUAUGACUGAUACCUGGGAGAUGAAAUUCAGCCGCGAUCGGCGCCUGGUCCACGGCUCCGAGGCGGUUCCCCUGGGCUGUCGCGUGGCCAACGUGCUCCGGGUGGAGAAUCACCGGGCUUUCGCGCGAUAUUCGAGCUAUAAAGAUGGCUUGAGGAUGAAACGGCCUGGACCUUGCACUUUGUUCCCGGUGCGAACCAGCAACAGGAUCAAUCUCCUUGAUGAAGACGUCAACGAGAAUUAUUUGUUUCACGGCACCAAUCCAGAAUCAGCCCAGUGCAUCGCCAGGGACUUCUUUCGCGUGGAGAGAGCUGGCAGCUCCGCAGGGAGUAUGUUUGGACCAGGCAUCUACCUGGCAGAGAACGCCAGCAAGAGCGACGAGUAUGCCAAAGAAGGUUCGGGCGUCUACGUGGGCCUUUGUGCGAUGCUGCUUUGUCGUUGUGCUCAAGGGGAGGUCCUGACAGUGUCUGAAGCCAAAGAUACAAGAGAGGCCGUUCGCGCUGGCUAUGAUUCUGUUUGUGGUGACCGAUUAGCAGCCGUGGGAACAUUCCGCAUUUCCUGCUCCUGGAGUGGCGCUCCAUCCGCGUAUGAGGAGCACAUGUCCCACAAUUGCGCAGUGGAGAACUAUCUUAUGUCGGAGUCAAGUGUGGAUACGAUCAACUCAAAUGAAGGCACCCGAUCUCAAUACGAGGCGGAGCCUGAGCCAGAGGACUCCGUCGCUGCGGAGCCGAAGGCUGAUAGUACCAUGAUGAAUCCCACUGAGGGGGAGGUCAGGAUUGCCUUGUACGACUACAUUCCCGCUGAAGGGGAGGAGGCCCAGAUAAAGAUCAGCCAGAAUGACUACAUUAGAGUCUUUCAGGCGAGCCUGCACGAUUGA